GGAAACUCGGUGUGACCGUGUGUAACCUGACGGUGGUACCUGUCAAACGGCACCGUUCUCCUCAGUAUUUCGCAGAAACGCCGGCUGCCGUCAUCCUCCUGGGGCAAUCGUGCGCUGCUCACUGAUCCACCCGUUAUAUGUGAAAUUUAUACAGUCAGUCUCUCGGUUCUGAAAUGGUAUUUUUAAACGUGACCUUGCGUCAGAGGACUGAACACCGGCUCAUGUCGUUUUUUUCUCCAACCCUGACGGAUUUCUUCGUUUCCGCAGCGCGGAAGGGAGCUGAAUGAAUUGAAGUCCGUACGUGGAUACACGCUGAAGGACCAGAGACGACAGGAGGAAUAGACGGCCGCAGCAGCCUGUUACAGUGUACUGGACAACAUGGCCUACAUACCACACAGCUUAAGGGUCGCGUCUCCAGGACAUCUCUGCUAUAUGAACUCAUUAACUGGCGGGCUGUUUAUUAACCUUGUACCACAGUAAUAAGUAAUGAUCAUUUUUAUUCGCAGCUGCAGAACUACUCAUAACAAGACAGGUGAAUGUGUGUGUGUGUUUGAAUCCACGCAGUUCAUUUCCUAUGCAAAAUAAGGAUACGACCAACAGGGAAAUGGACUUUGCAUGCUGGAUGUUUGUCUGACCUUUGGCAACGCUCUGAGGUCUAAGAGGAAACCAAAAUGAAAAAAAUUUAACCAAGCAAGUGGCCUAAGCACUUUGGAUUUUGCACCUUCCCUGGCACCAUUACUCUCUCAGUGCACUGCUAGACUGUACACUAGUUCUGCUCUUUGGAUUAGCCUACAGCUCACGAGGACUAAAGGUGCAAACAGAGGGUGCUGAAAAGUCUUAGAGCUGGGGCACUCUCUAGAUGCCUUAUCCACCCGUAAGCAACGGAUUGUAUGGUUGCGACUGCAAAUCGUGAUGUGAUCAGCAAUAAAGUCAACAGCCAAGCAAUAAAAAGUGAAGAGCUUAUGCAAACAAACUAAGAUCCCACUAGAGGUUUUUGGCCGUCAGCAGCAUAAAUAAGCCGUCUCCAUUAUGCUGCUGAACUGUGGUCAGCCACUGCCUCUCCUGAGGCACACGGAUGUGCCGCCUCGAGUCAUAGAAAACUUUAUCCUGACCGGCUACCGCUUCCCAAACUACAGCCUGAGGGACUGCUUAUUGUCAGCAUUUAGGCCCACCAAUGAAACAGGCAACUUCUGGACACACUUUCUUCCACUUUUCAUCUUUUUCUACUACUUUGUGGAGGUUUUUGGUUGGGAAGGUGCACCUGAUGGCGGCGACCCUUUCUUCUAUCCAUUGUGGAAUUACUUUGUUGGGGUGUUCUGUUUACUGAUGGCGAGCAGCAUGGCUCACCUGCUUAACUCGAUGUCUCUCGUGGUGAGGGAGGUUUGCUUCUUUGUGGAUUAUGGCACCAUCAGUGCGUACACAGUUGGCUCAUCAUUGGCAUACUACUACUACAUCCACCCUCAGGCAGGAAUAGCAGAGACAGGAAGCCAGAACAGCUCCCAUAUUGAUCUGAAAUACGAACCUGCAGAGUUGACCUCAUCCUAUGCAAUCCCAGAGUUCAGGGUGUUUUUUGAGACCUGCUACAUCCCGUGUGCGUGUGUUGUAGCAAUCAUUUGUGUUUUAUCCUGCUGCAAUACUCGGCAGAGGUGGAGGCAGUAUCGAUAUAUCAUCCGGACGCUGGUUUUUCUCCUUCCAUUUCUCAUCUCCUCCACGCCGAUCUUUUACCGCCUCCUCACCCAGUCGCCUUAUUCCACUGUCUCCUCCUCCUUCGCUGCUUCCACCUCCAUGCCCAGCUUCUUCUAUCGCCACUGCCUCUGGCUGCUGGUCUCAGCCGUCUUCAACAUUAGCAAGUUCCCCGAGCGCCUUGCGCCAGGCCGCUUCGACAUCUGGGGGCACAGCCACCAGUGGUUCCACUGCUGCACGUUUUUGUCCAUCCUGGAUGAGCUUCACAUGAUCAAGGCCGAGGUUAGAGCCAUCUUGCUCAGCCCGACUUUGCUGCUGCCCCCCAACUCCCUCUCCCACCUUCCUGGACCUACCAUUGCAUCCACCUAUGGAGUGAUGUUCCUCCUCCAGAGCACCAUUGUCUCCAUCAUCAUAUGGUUCUCCUGGUGCGCCAACUGCAUUUACGGAUCCCAGAGAGAACAGCUAGGAAAGGAGCACCCCAAGAAACACCUGAAAUGUCGCUGAUGAUAGAGAGAACUCUUUUUUUUGUCAUCAUUAAUAAACACAAGAAUACAAUGACGCCCUUCAGAGUCCAAGCCUCUCAUAUGUUCCAUCCUUUUUUUGGUGUUUUUAAGCUGUCAUAAGGAGAAAUUGGGGACAGUGGGAGAUAAAAGGAUUAUAUUUUGAGCUCACCACAGGGUGUCUGUCUGGUUGAGUGGAUAUUGAAAGUCCUUGCCAGUUCUUUUCCCAGAGCUGCUUAUGCAUGUUCUAACAGGACGUCUGAGCAGUGGGGAAAAUAUCUACCUCUCGGGGCUAUACGCUGGGGGACUGAGGAAUGUUGCUGCCUAGAAGAACUAAUGUUCCACUGAACAUUUGGUUAAUGUGGCUUAAACGUUAGUGGGACCAAUUACAGAAUUUCCUGAUGUCUUGUCUGCUAUUAGGUCCCUUUUUUCUGUUGCACUUCCCUUUAUUUUGACCUUAAACAGACUCUCUUGAAAAUCCUUUGCUGUGUUCUCUGCUGAGCCCAGUGUUUCAUGUCAAAUUAAUCCUUUUUAUGACCUUUAAUAACAUACCUUCUCUUUCUCUGACUUGCACGAACAUUCAGACGCAAAUCUCAUUUCCUGUCUAUUUCCCAGUAACCCUUGCAGCAGGAAGUGGGGCGGCCUUGCGCACAACAACAGAAAUAGCUGAGCGCUCGUAUCAGUAUUAUAGUAAAGCACUUUCAGGAGGCCAGUCAUUCUUGCCUUGUCAUUAAGAAGCCAUGCAUCUGUAAGGACACAACAAUUUAAAGCAAAUAAUGAUGUCCUGCUGACAUGUUAUUUUUGGACACUUUUAUUUAGAUACAUGGAUAUACAUAUAUAUAUAUAUAUAUAUAUUUGAGGUAGUGUGACUGUAUCUGCUGUUUGUGUGGUUUUCAUCGCACCAACAACUAGUUCCUCAUACAUUAUACUCACACUGCUGAAAGCAGUGCAGUUUAGAGUUACUUGGAUCUCGUGUCCUCAGUAUGUCAAACGGUCUGUGGUUCAGAAACAUAGCAGAGCAGUGUUCCAGUUUGAAGGCUUGCUUUGUGAACAGGAACAAUGUGACUGCGGGACCAGCAGGUGCUGUUAGUGGGGGCUUUUCAUGCCGUGUGAGGAACAGCAACCUCCCAGAGUCAAAGCCAUAGUUUGCAAAAGUGUUAGUUCGUUUUCAUCAGGAGCUGGAUUUUGACUUGAUGCAGACACCUGGCAGUUUGUAUCUCAUGUGUUGCACUUUUAUUCAAGUCACAUAAUUAUUUAAAAAAAAAAAAAAAAGACUUUAAAAAGUUCCCCAAAUUGCUCGAUAGCUCGUUCAACAUUGUACAACAGAAGUCAAGAAAUAUCUUGAGCUGAAUCAAUUUUACUUUUCCAUACUAAUGUAUUCAUAACACAUUUAACAGAUCAACUUAUCGCUGUUGGAUAUGCAUCCGCGGUGAAUUAUUAUAUUUUUACCUACAGGGUGAGCUCAGAGAAGACACCAUCAAUUUAUUCAGCUCUGAAAUGCAUGAAGCAAAGUUUAGCGUUGUUGUUUUGUGUUGUUGAAUCACAUCUUGUCAGUUCUGCUUAAGCCCUUCAUUUAUUUUUAGCAUCGUGAUACCCGGACCCAGACUUCACGAGCCCUGUUUGGCUGAUUUAAACACCCUCCGUGUACACCGUGUGAUUUAAGCUAGAUAUGGAUCGUCCACAGGGAGUGUGAGCGGUCAGUAGUGGAUAAAAUAAAGCCUCACACCUAUGCUGAGAACUGUAACUUUGACUAAUAUCCCAAAUGAACCGUCAGUAUCUAUAUUGUUAAACACAAGUGUGUAAUUAUGAUAAUGUGAUCCAUAGAAUUCAGAGAUGUUUUAAUCAGUGCUGACGACUACCACAUAAACAAAGAGGAAAUUUGGGUUUUGUUCAGACAUAGUAUGCACACUUUAAAUGGACUGUGAUCGACAGUGUUUUUUUUAAUGUUUUUAAUGUGUUUUCUUUGUCAUGUCCUCAGUGAUAUUGUCCUGUCUUGAAUUUUUUAAUCUUGAUGACAUGGUGGUAUUGGUGAGAAAAAUUCUGUACUAAAAUCUGCACACAUACCUGCCUGCUUAUACUUGCACACAAGAAAAUGAUUAGAAGCGGAAGCUGAGUCGUUUAUUCUAAGUGACGCUGGAACGAGUAACGAGGGAACGUGUCGAGUGGUCGAGAUAAUCGUGGUGCACUUUAAAGCUUCUUUAAAGCUCCUCAAAAUGUUCCUUUAAGGGUCAGCCCUGUGGUACUGUGAAAUUUCAAUACAUUUCAGGUUUAAGUACUGCUGUCUAAUGAAUGGCCUGAGAGAUUCACAAGGUUUUUAAGCAGCUGCUGUUGAAGCAAUGUUUUUACCUCAAUUCAGCAUUCGUAUCAUCCUGUUGCUGAGAAGAACCAUCGCUGGAACAGAUUUUUGUCCCAGUUCUAGACUGUGUUUGUCACACUUGAAUCUAUUAAGCUGUGUUCAGUAUGUGAAUGUUAGACUUAUCAACUACUCUAUCGUACCUAGUGAAGCACUCAGGGGUGAAGAAGACUCUAAUACAUUAUUUACACAUGCAUUUAAUUAUGAAUUACUUCAGGAGGAGGAUAAUUAUAGCACUUGGUGUGGAAACCUUCCUCCAUUAUGUUGACUGAUUAAUUAAAUUGUGUAAUUUUGAGUUUUCAAUAAA